AUGUCGGAUCGUUCAAAAACGGUCGUAGGACGUUUUUUUGACCGUCCCUCGACUCCUCCUUCUUGGCCCAAUUUUGGUCAAACACCAGAGACUGAUUUAACAAACCACCUUUUUACAUUAACAACAAGCCAUGUUUGGAGUGACACAAAUCGUUCUUCUAACGAAAAACAACUAUCGGGAAAUGUACAGAGAAUUUUAAAACUAAAACAUAACCUAAAUAGCUCUUUGACCGCUUUAUCGGCUUCUCCAGAUCAUAAUCAAGUAGUUGUAGCAGGUCGCGAGGUUCUUAAAGUAUUGAACGUCUCUGAAAGAGAAAUUACCGAAGAAUUUAAUCUUAAGAAUAGGCAUCUCAAUAAAUAUAGCAAUGAUGUAAAGUGGGGAAAUACUUCCACAAAAAAUAAAAUCGCAACGGCGGCAACUAAUGGAUCAAUCGCAAUUUUGGAUGUAGGAAAUGACUCUUCAUUAGAUCGAAAAAUAGAUGAACAUUCACGUGCUGUGAAUAGGAUAUGUUUUAAUCCCACAAAUGGAUCAAUCCUUUUAAGCGCAUCGCAAGAUUGUACAAUGAAGUUGUGGGACUUAAGAGAACCGGAUUCCGCAAGAUUUACUUUUGAAGGCAAAUGUGAGAAUGUUCGGGAUGUCCAAUUUAAUUCAAUAAAUCAAUAUGAUUUUGCUGCAGCAUUCGAAAAUGGAGCUAUUCAGAAAUGGGACAUAAGAAAACCAACGAUACAUGAAAGAAAACUUAAUGCACAUCUAGGAUCUGUUCUUGCUUUAGAUUGGCAUUCUGAUGGAAGAACUAUUGCUAGCGGAGGGCGCGACAAAUUGAUUAAAAUAUGGGAUAUGAACUCAGACAAUAGGAGACCAAGAGACGUUAUUCACAGCAUGACAAGCAUAGCUCGCGUCCAAUGGCGACCCGAUCAUCCUAAUGAAAUUGCUUCAUGUGCAUUAUUAAGUGACAGUCGAAUUUUUAUUUGGAAUAUAAGGAGGCCUUUUAUUGCAAGUUAUUAUUUUGAAGAGCAUGAAGAUGUUCCAACAGGAUUUUUGUGGCAUAAUUCGGACGUAUUAUGGUCUUGUUCGAAAGAUAAGUUCUUUAUUCAACAAGAUAUAAACUGUUCUUAUCGUCCAUUGAGUUUGCUUAGUAAAUGUAGUAUUGGAUGGAGCGUAUAUGAUAAGAUUGCGUUUUCAAUUGAAAAAUAUGAUGAUUUAAUCGCAGAAGAUCAUAAUCAAUUUAGAAUUAUACAAAGGAGAACAUCACCUAAUAUUAUCGAAACUCGUAAUGAAACUGGUAUCGCCUCUCUUCCCACUUUCGAUCACAAAGCUUUUUCGUAUCUUGCUGAAAAUUACAUUAUUUCAAAUCACGAUAUUUGGUCUGCGUGUGAACAUAAUGCCAAGAUUGCAUGGGAUGUUCAAAGAUUCAGAACUGCACAAACUUGGAAAAUAAUACAGCUUUUAUAUGGAAUUUUGGAACCUGUGGAUAAUAAUGCUCAUAAGGAUAAAGAAAGUGCAAAUAGUUUGUUAAAUGAUUCGUCCCCCACUAAUCCAUCUAAAUCUUCGAAUGAAACAAAAGAAUCGGAUUCAAUAAAGGAUUUAAAUACUGUAACAGAAAAGCAUAACGAGUCCCUUGAUGUAAGUCUAUUAAUUGAUUGCUUUGAUAUUGUUCAGUCAACAUAUAAUUCAACAUUAUGUCGGAACUGGGAUAAAGAAUCAAUCAUGAUGCAGUUAUUUGAUUAUUAUGCAGAACAAGGUGAUGUACAGAUGUGUGUUACUUUAAUACUAGUGCUUGGUGAUAUGAUUAAAAUAAGCCAAGAGAGGGUAGAACAAUGGUUUUUUUCUUAUAUUGAACUAUUGCAUAGGUUUCAACUCUGGUGUGCAGCUACGCAUAUUAUUUCAUCUUGCAGAGUUCCUUCUGUUGAAAUGAUGAAUCAGCAAUCCACAACAAUAUAUACAACAUGUAAUAAUUGUUUCAGACCAAUACUUAACUCUAGAAGUGGAUAUUGGAUAUGUGAUAAAUGUCGGAAGAUGCUAAAUCCUUGCUCAAUAUGUCACAAUACAGUGAAAGGGUUAUAUACUUGGUGUCAAGGUUGCAGUCAUGGAGGGCAUCUUUUUCAUAUGAAAGAAUGGUUUUCGGCAAAUAAUGAAUGUCCAACUGGAUGUGGACAUAACUGUUCGGUUGCCAUUGAGUAA